UCGAGGUCCUGACGAGGGAACAUUGACCGAGGAAGAGGGAUAUGAUAAUAAGUUAUGAUGGAGUUAUUGCGCUGAAUACUCUCUUUGGAUACCGACUGUGGCAACAAGACCGCCGAGCUGAACCAGGCCACGCGCUAAACUUCAUUUAGGAACUAACGGGAUUUGUUUUUACUGCGUGACUCUCUGGAAAAUAAAGUCAAGCAGGUUUGGAUAGCUCUUCCUGUUACAAAGUCGUCGGUUCCUAAGUUUUUAUGUUUCGAUAAAGCCCCGCUCAUGGUGUGCUUCUGAUAACACCGUCAGUAUGGAUACUCUCGCUCAACGGGAUGCAGGAUUUCCUGCGGGAGCACCGCAAAGUUGCGGUCACACGCGGUUAUUGGAGAUUUAGGUUUACUAAUGCGUACUGGUUAGCCCUGAAACUUGUCGUAAAACACUGGUUGGCUGGACUGAAUGCUCCUUUCCUGCUAUUCUUCUCCGCUUCGCAGCGCUUCCUGCUUGUGGUGGCCACUGCACUUAAUGGCUAAAAAUACUUAAAAACUCAAAAUGGACAGCAACAUGCAGUGAUAACCGUAAUUCGGAAUACUUUUAAGUAUUUUACCACAAGCUUUGGAUACUUUUAUAUUUGUCUUUAAACUUUCAGUUUUCUAAAUCAGAACUCAACAGGUGGCAAUUUUGAAUGAGAGAAGAGCUCAUUUACCCAUCAUGAGGUGACUCAAUAGCCUCUUAAAUACAUGAUUAUGAAUAAUGAAAUGAUUAUGUUCUCAAACCAUGUUGGGAAACCACACAUCACUUGAACAGAAAGAGAUUCAGUUCAGACAGUGCUGCCUUUCUGGGCUUUGAAACACUUAUCAUUAUCAAACAAAAGCAAUCUCAACUGAUUCUGUAUUUUCAAGUGGAGAGCUUUGCAUGUAAUGUCAAGACGAAUGAAAGACACUUAUCAUUCAGUUAUCUUUGAAUCCUUUCCUGCAGCCCACUUGUUGGUCAAACUUUUGAACACAUUUCACUGGUCCCUGAUGAACCUACAAGAAAGACAGGAAAGGGAGCGAGGCGCAAUAAAGUACUCCUUUGUACUUUAUUUUCAAACCCUUAGGGUGCAAAAUCAGAUCCAGUCUAAACAUCUGCUUGAGGCUCCAUGGAGCCACUGAAGAACAUAUUCAGUCGUGGUGCACUGUCCAACUGGAAGAAUUUGGAUCAAUCUCAAAAAGGGAACUUCACCAACCCUGUGUGGACAGCCUUAUUCGACUAUGAGGCGUCCUGUAAAGACGAGCUCACCUUGCGUAAAGGUGACCUGGUGGAAGUCCUGUCUCUGGACUCUGAGAUAUCAGGCGAUGAGGGCUGGUGGGCAGGUAAGGUCAACAACAAGGUGGGCAUCUUCCCAUCCAACUACGGCUCCUUCAAGCCAAAUGGAUAUGGGAAGCUUCCGGGCAGUGCUGUGGUCGGCGAGCUUGGCCCGGCCGUGGUUAGCGAGUUCGAACCCGACGUGCUGGAUUUCCGGGAUCUGAGCCUGGAGGAGGUCAUCGGGGUCGGGGGCUUUGGAAAGGUGUAUCGCGGUACAUGGAGAGGCUUGCUGGUGGCCGUGAAGGCAGCCCGGCAAGACCCCGAUGAGGAUAUCAGUGUGACUGCGCAGAACGUCAGGCAGGAGGCGCGUUUGUUCGCCAUGCUCACUCACCCGAACAUCAUUGCCCUGAAAGGCGUCUGCCUGCAGGAACCCAACCUGUGCCUCAUCAUGGAGUACGCCUCAGGUGGGCCGUUGAGCCGGGCGCUGGCGGGUCGUCGCAUUCCACCGCACGUCCUGGUCAACUGGGCCGUGCAGAUAGCCAGAGGCAUGUUGUACCUGCACAGUGAGGCCAUCGUCCCCGUCAUCCAUCGAGAUCUCAAGUCCAACAACAUCCUUCUUGCUCAGCCCAUAGAGAAUGAAUGUAUGGAGGGUUUGACGUUGAAGAUCACAGACUUCGGCCUGGCGAGAGAGUGGCACAAGACCACCAAGAUGAGCACCGCCGGCACCUACGCCUGGAUGGCCCCUGAGGUCAUCAAGUCCUCCACCUUCUCCAAGGGCAGCGACGUUUGGAGCUAUGGUGUUCUGCUGUGGGAGCUGCUAACAGGAGAGGCCCCCUACAAAGGGAUUGAUGGACUCGCCGUCGCCUACGGAGUUGCUGUCAACAAGCUCACCCUGCCCAUCCCUUCCACGUGCCCCGAACCCUUCGCUCAGCUCAUGUCAGAGUGCUGGGACCAGGACCCCCACCGCAGACCCAAUUUUAGCUCCAUCUUGGCCCAGCUUCUGGCCCUGGAACAGCAGGUGAAGGAAGAGAUGCCGCAGGAAUCCUUCCACUCCCUGCAGGAGGAUUGGAAACUGGAAAUCCAGGACAUGUUCAAUGAACUCCGAGCUAAAGAAAAGGAGCUGCGGUGCCGCGAGGAAGAGCUGAAGACAGCGGCUCUGGAGCAGAAGUCCCAUGAAGAGUUCCUGCGGCAGCGCGAGCAGCAGCUGGCCCAGUGGGAGCAGGACGUGUUUGAGCGCGAGCUCAGCCUCCUCAUCCUCCACCUGAACCAGAACCAGAACCAGGAGAAACCCAACGUCAAGAAGAGGAAGGGCACCUUCAAGAAGCACAAGCUCAAGUGCAAGAAUGGCGAGAAGAUCAGCAUGCCUCAAGAUUUCAUCCAUAAGAUUACAGUGCAGGCUUCCCCAGGCCUGGAAAAGAGGCGGAACUCUCCUGAUUUGGGUUCGGGCUCCUCACCUUCCUUUGGCCCACGUUUACGUGCAAUCCAACUCAGUCCCAGUGACAACAACAGGUCAUUUGGUCUGAGCCCAGUCUGGCCCCUCGAGGCCACUUCUCAUAAACAAGCCAAUGGAGACCUGAGGUUGGGCCCCCACUGGAGGCCCCAGAGUCCGAAAAGUCCGAAAAGCCCCAAGGUCCUGCGCCUUAGUCCCCAGGAAAGCAGUCUGUCUAUGAGGGCCAAGCUCCUGGAGUCGGACAGCAAUGAGACGGGUGAAUCCAAGGAUGACUUUGAGGAGUACAGACCCUCCGCGCCAACACCUCCGCCUACUCAGAACGGCUCAGUGAAGGACAGCCUGCGGCUUCCUCUACCUCAGCGAGACAAUGAGGGGGGUUCCUCCCCGGCUGGCUCCCCCAGGCCGGAGAGGGUUUCCCUCGGUGGCCCCAUGAAGAGCACCCACCGGGCCAUGCUGGGUGGUGGUUCCCUCCUGGCCUCUAUAGGACUAGGUCGCUGCCUGGAUAUUCCCCCAAGGGUGCCGCCUCGAACUAACCUCCCUUCCCUCGAGAACCGCACCCCCUCCGAACCAGAGAUCUCCCUGCCUAUGCCCCUCAUUUCAGACCCCCCAGUGGUGAACGAUCUCAUUACCUUCUCCACCUCUGAGCUGCUCCCAAGACCGCUCUUGGAUUUAGCAUUGCAGUACCAAGAACUGAAGCCUUUGCCUUUGACGCCGCCUCCACCAAACCCCCGUGAGAGGAGCGGCCGGCGUACACCGCAGAUGCCGCGCAGUCCGCAGACCCCUAGGACCCCCCUGCAGCAUGGCAAGGCCAGUCCAGGGGAAUGGACCCCAAUUUCCCAUUCAACUAAUGGGGAGCUUGGCUGUGAGUCCUGUGAGCACAAAGCUGACAGGAGGAGGAGGUCCAGCCAAGGUCUGCACGCCUCUCAGCUAGUUUUGGACCUGCCCUUGUGCCAAGACACACAGGACUCAGAUGAUAAGCCUUCAGUGCCCUCUUCUCUCCAUCCUAACCCUGCCCUCUGGAGCCCAAAAACCCCUCGACUGGAUGUCAGCGUCAUCCCCCGGCCCCGCCCGUCCCCCAUUCGCCCCCGCAUCGACCCCUGGAGCUUCAUCUCAGCCGGUGGAGGGAACAUAGGAGGUGGCCGCACCCCGCACCGCUUGGACAGCAACCCUCUGGGCUACCAACCCUCCCCGACCAACCCUUUCACCAACUGUGACCCCUUCCCCACACCUGACUGCGACCCAUUCGCCCUCAAGGCUGACCCCUCGAGCGGCUCGGACACGGCCUCCCCAUUCGACCCCUUCUUGACUCCCUUUCCCACCUCCCGUUCUGCCCCAUGCUCCACUAAUGGCUCACCCACACUGCCUUCAUUCCGUAUAGUGCCACUCAACCCGGCCGAUUCGCCCCUCAUCGACCUGGGCUGGGCAGCUUGCAGCAAGCCCCUGGAUGGCACCAAAGAGAGAGCCCACCCCCGCAAGACACUGGGUCUCAAGCCCUUCAAGUCCCCAACGCAACUCAGAGACGAUAGGUUCUAAACAUGUGCCUCUGGCAAGGUCAGGGUUUUAACACAGGAACACAGACCAGGACCCUACUAUGUCCUACAUCUUAACAAAGAUUUGGAAUCUUGGAAUCAAAAAAUAUGCCCAUCCAUCACUCAACCCACUGAGGGAGGUUUACCCCAUGAGAGGCCCAAUCAACGCAGGUCCUAUUUAUACGCCAGCCUGCUGCUUCGGAAACCUGAAAGCCAGUGAAAGGUGGUACAUUGUAUUGUGGCAUAGCUGCCUUUGAACCAAUAGCUGGUUCCCAUUUCAUUCUCCCUCUCUAUCUCGAUUUCUCUAUCCCUUUGAAGAAGCAGAACACAGAUCACUAGUCCCAUCUUUAGAUUCUAUCAGACUGCUCAUAUCACCUGCUUUCAUCUCCAGCCUACCUUUGAAGCAUUGUGACAAUGCAGAGGUGGAUAAGGCGACUUGCACAGCUUCAUCUGCGUCUACCUCUCUGCAGACCGAAAACAUUCAGGACAAUGGAAAAUUGGAGUGCCUUAUUUCGUGAAGUGUUCUUAGUAUAUAUCUUUUCAAGAUUUCUUGAAUGGUUAAUCUGGUGCAUAGGAAAGAUGCUAUGAAUUUGACUUAAAUUUGCAAAUCAGCUUUGAUUGCUGUGGAAGAAAAUGUCAUCUGCGUGCGUGUGUGCAUGUAUGUCUAGACUCAUUGUUCAAGGAAAGCUUAGGUUUUUUGUUUUUUUAAACGGCAUCUGCCUGUUGCAUUAUGGGAGAAAGCACAGUGGAUAUUCCAGGCCACUCAUGAAAUCCAAGACAAAUCCAAUGACCCAGACAUUCCACUUGGAAGCAGAUAAAAUUCCAGUCACGUUCCCCUUGAGAUGCCAGGGAUUGGACAGAUUCAUUCGGCUGGCAGGCAACACAACACAGCACAGGAAACAAGACGGGGGAGCCCUCUGCAUUCCCUUCAUAUGCCAAAGAAUGCCACUGUGACUGUAAGGCCUGGCACAAAGAGUGUUUGCAAAUGCAUUGUUUUUACCUCCAUGGAGUGCCAGACGGGUGGGUUCUGCCACACUGGACAAUACACAGAAAGUUGAGACAAUCGCAGACAGUUUUUAAAUAUGACUUUAAUAUA